CUACAAAAGGAUAUAUAGGACACACGGCAUUUCAUAGUGACGGUCGAAAGUUACAUAAGAUUUUACCGUAUAGCGCGUGCAACGUGUAUUACAAUUAAUGUAAAGAAUAUUUAGAAGAUACUCUGUAUGUCGACGACUGAUCCCUGCAAAAAAAUUGCAUGUAAAUUGCAGACCUGCUUGCAAGAUAAUGUCUUUCAGCCUUCCCGUUGUCAGGAUGUACUUGAACAAAUAAGAAAAUGUUGUAUGAAACAUUCUGAUUCUGCAGUUUGUGAUGGUAUAAAUAUCUUGAAACCGUAUGAACAUAAUACUGUAGAUUAUCGGAAAGUUAUAAGAUAAGCAAUGCAAAGCGAAGGAAGAA